AAUCCAGACGGACAAGAACCCGCAUGCAACUCUGCGUGUGCACUUGGCAGAAUCUUGCGCAGCAUGUUCCACAGGCUGAACCCACUGCAGGCUGACCCUCUUGAACAAGCCGAAAUACUUCCUGUUAGCAACCAGCUCGAGGACGCUUGUGUCUGGUUUCCAAGACGGAUUGCCUUGUGACUGUACACGUUGUCUUAGCGGUUUAAAACGAGUUUUUCUCAAAAGAAACAAGGGGACAAGCCAGCUGGCCACUUUGUGCAUACGAACGGGCUUGUCAGCGUGUAGCUAGCUAUGCUUCAAGCUAUCCACCUCGGAAAGUAACGGCAGCUAGGCUAGUAAAAAGCUAGCAAGCUAAUGCUAAGGUUGAUUCUGACUUUUUGCUAGCUAAUCGUCUUCACUAGCUUGCAGCUAAAGUUCUUUACCUCGCAAUAACAUUAGCUGACCAGUUGAUUUCAAGAUGAGCGAGCAACUUAAAUUUAUUGUUGAGCACCUGAAUAAAGACCCCUUCAAGAAAAACUUUAACUUGAUCACCUUUGACUCACUGGAGCCAAUGCAACUUCUGCAAAUUCUCAACGAUGUUCUGGCCGAAAUAGACCCUAAGCAAACUAUUGAUAUCCGUGAAGAAAUGCCUGACCAGACAGCAAAGAGAAUGUUCACUCUGCUGGGGAUGUUGAAAUACAAACCACCUGGGAAUAUGUCUGAGCCGAGCAGUUUCAGACAGGGCCUGGUGACGGGCAGUAAGCCUGUGAUACACCCUAUCCUUCACUGGCUGCUGCAGAGGAUUACAGAGCUGAAGAAGAGAGCUUACUUGGCUCGCUUCCUGGUUAAGCUGGAGGUGCCUGCUGAAUUCCUGCAGGAUGAUGUCAUCACUGACACCUAUCACCAGUAUGAAGAAUUAGUGGAAGGAUUCAAGACCUACCACAAGGAGUGUGAGCAACUGAAAAGCUCUGGCUUUUCCACUGCAGAGAUCAGAAAGGACAUUGGUGCUAUGGAGGAGGAGAAGGACCAGCUGAUCAAGCGAGUGGAGAGGCUGAAGAAGAGGGUGGAGUCAGUGUCCAACCACCAGCGGAUGCUGGAACUGGCCAGACAACUACGGGUGGAAAAGGAGAGAGAAGAGUCUCUGGCUCAGCAGAAGCAAGAGCAGAAGAACCAACUUUUCCAGGCAGAACAGAGACUGCAGAGAUCUCAGCAGCAGCUGAAGGACCUGCGACAGGCAGCAGCAGAUGCCAAGCCAGAGAGCUUAAUGAAGAGGCUUGAAGAGGAGAUCAAGUUCAACUCCUACAUGGUGUCUGACAAACUGCCCAAGGAGCUGGAUAGUAAAAGGCGGAUGGUGCAGUACCUGCAGAAGGUGGUGUCUGAGCCGGCCAUGGGCCAAGCUGAGCUUGGGGAACUAGAGGACAAGAUUCGAGAAAACAACAUUGAAAUAAACCUGCUGAUUGAGAAAAGAAUGAUGCGGAACGACCCCAUAGAUGAUAAACUGUCUCUUUUCAGACAACAGGCAUCGAUUAUAACUCGUAAGAAGGAGGCGAAGGCGGAGGAGCUGCAGGAGGCGCGGGAGGAGCUAGCUGCACUAGACAGAGAGCUGAACCAGAAGAACAGCCAGGCACGAGACCAGGAUGGAGACGAGGUCAUCCGGGGAGAUGAGUUUAAACGUUUUGUGGGGAAACUGCGCAGCAAGGGGACGGUGUUCAAGAAGAAGCGUCAGGAGAUUACCGAGCUGAGAGCUGAGUAUGGGGUCUUACAGCGGACAGAGGAAAUCCUAAAACAGAGGCACGAGGUCGGCCAACAGCAACUGCAAUCCAUGGAGGCACAGAAGGGGAUCUCUGGGUACAGUGACACUCAGGAGGAACUGGAGAGAGUGUCAGCCAUCAAGAGUGAACUGGACGAGAUGAAGGGGCGCUCGCUGGACGACAUGUCAGAAAUGGUGAAGAAACUGAACUCAACGAUAGUGGAGAAAAAGUCUGCCCUUGCUCCGAUAAUAAAGGAACUGAGGCCUUUGAGACAGCAGUGUCAGGACCUAACUCAAGAGUAUGAGGAAAAGAAGGCCCAGUAUGACAGCUGUGCUGCAGGUCUGGAGAGUAACCGAUCCAAACUGGAGCAGGAGGUGAGAGCUCUGAGGGAGGAGAUGGCUCAGGAGGAAAACCGAUACCACUAUAUCAACUGCAUGAAAGAGAUCAUUGAGAUGCAAAUGCAGCGAGCAGCAGAGGAGAUGAAGGCUUACGUGUCUCCUGAUCCGCAAGAGAGGAGGAAGACCAUCCGGGAGCAGUACAUGAAGAACAUUGCAGAGCAGGAGUCCCUGGGCAAGAAGUUGCGUGAGCAGCAGAAGACUGUGAGGGAGAGCCAUGGGCCGAACAUGAAGCAGGUGAAGAUGUGGCGCGACCUUGAACAGCUGAUGGAGUGCAAGCGCCAGUGCUUCCUGAGGGCCCAGAGCCAAGCCUCCAUUGGGCAGGUCAUCCAGGAGGGCGGUGAGGAUAGGCUGGUGCUGUGAGGACGAGGAGAAUAUUAAAGCAUGGCCAACUCUGGUACACUAAGCUCUACCACAAUGACAAGGAUUUCUCACUCAUCUAACUACUGGACUUAGUUUGACAAUUAUAGUUCAUUAAUCUGUUCUGUUUGUCUUGUAUUAUAUAUUUUUAGGUGAGAUAAUUACUCUUCGUGUAUCAAAACUACUCUGCUUUCAUCGCCGCCAGUUAAAAGGAUUCCAUUCAUCCAAUCUGUGUUAAUCCUGGUUUAGUUAGCGAUUUGUGUUGUUUGUAAAUAAUCCCAAAGUAGGAUUUAGUUUAACUGAUUUAUCUCCUGUGAGGAACACCUUUCUGGUGAUGAUAUUGUGAGAGUUGCCGGAUGAAUCCAGAAACAAAGGGACACAUGUACCAGGAGGUUUCAGCCAGAUAAGAUGUUUAACUCUCUCUGGCCCUCUGACUUUAAACAAAUCCACAGCCUCCAUUUUAAGAAUGCAGUUUAAAUCUAUGUGUCUAAAGAUAACAACAGCGUACAAUGUGUUGCACUUGGGACACAGCUGCACUCAGUUAUUUUGGGAAACAACAGCCACACCUUGGGUAAAGGAGCUUGCCAGUUUUGGAAUUCAACUGGGCCUCUGGUUCAGAUGGAACAGUGCAGAGUGAACUAAUCAAGCAUCAUUUUCUUGCAUCUUGUACUUUGAAGUAUAUUUCUAUGUAACACCUUUAUUUGUGCCAUAAAUUAUACCGAACAAAAAU